AUGGCUAUGUUCUAUGAUAAUAAAUGGGUCGAUUUCGGUUACCAGGUAUUGUUGAUCUUAUCAAAUAACUUCUUGGGUUUUGGAUUGGCUGGUAUCAUGAGAAAGUUUACUGUGUAUCCAACUGCUGCUGUUUGGCCCACAUUGUUACCAACGAUUGCAUUGAAUAAAGCUUUGAUGCAACCAGAAAAGAGAGAAGUUAUUAAUGGAUGGAAAAUAUCCAGAUACUAUUUCUUCUUCAUUUGUUUUGCAGCCCUGUUUGUUUAUUUUUGGGUACCCAACUAUUUAUUUCAGGCACUUUCGUACUUCAAUUGGAUGACAUGGAUAGCCCCUGAUAACUUUAAUCUAGCUAUGAUUACUGGUUCAAUCUCCGGGUUAGGAUUGAAUCCUAUUCCAACAUUUGAUUGGAAUAUCAUCAGUUUUAAUGGUCCUUUAUAUUUACCAUUCUACAAUCAGGUGAAUAAUUAUAUUGGAAUGAUGAUAGGUUUUUUCUGUAUCAUUGGUGUCUAUUGGUCAAAUUACAAAUGGACAGCUUUCUUACCUAUCAAUUCCAAUGGUUUAUUCACUAACACUGGUGAGCGAUACGCUGUCACUGCAAUCCUUAAUGAAAGGGGUUUGUUGGAUGAAUCUAAAUAUCAAGAAUACGGUCCACCAUUCUAUACUGCUGCUAAUUUGGUCUUGUAUGGUGCGUUCUUUGCUCUUUAUCCAUUUGCUGUGGUCUAUGAGUGUACAUUGAACUACAAAUCUAUGUGGAAAGCACUCAAAGGUCUUAGUGUUGGUUUCAAAAGUUAUAAGAAAUCCACCUUCGAAGGCUUUAAUGAUCCUCACACCACUAUGAUGAAAGCUUACAAGGAAGUUCCAGACUGGGCGUUCUUGGUCAUCUUGGUCAUUUCCUUAGUUUUGGCUAUCAUCUGUGUGGAGAUCUAUCCCGCUGAAACUCCAGUGUGGGGUCUCUUCUUUGCUCUUGGUAUUAAUUUUGUUUUCUUGAUUCCAAUCACCGCAGUGUAUUCAAGAACUGGUUUCAGUUUCGGUCUUAAUGUCUUGGUCGAAUUGAUUGUUGGUUAUGCUCUUCCAGGUAAUGGUUUAGCCUUGAACUUCAUCAAGGCUUUCGGUUACAACAUCGAUGGUCAAGCUCAAAACUAUAUUACUGAUCAAAAGAUGGCUCAUUAUGUUAAGAUUCCUCCCAGAUCAUUAUUUAGAGUUCAAAUCUUAUCUGUGUUCAUUGCUUCUUUCAUUCAAUUAGGUAUAAUCAACUUUGUAAUUGACAACAUUAAGAAUUACUGUGAUCCUCAUAAUACUCAACACUUCACUUGUCCAAACUCUAGAACUUUCUACAGUGCAUCCAUUCAAUGGGGGGUCAUUGGUCCUAAGAGAGUGUUCAACGGUUUGUAUCCAAUUUUACAAUACUGUUUCUUAAUUGGUUUCUUGUUGGCUUUCCCUUGUAUUGCCUUUAAGAAGUAUGCUCCAAAGAAAUAUUCCAAAUACUUCGAACCAACUAUCAUUAUUGGUGGGUUCUUGAAUUAUGCUCCAUAUAAUUUGUCAUAUAUAACACCAUCUUUAUAUGCUUCUAUUGCUUUCAUGUGGUAUAUUAGAACGAGAUUCAUAGCAUGGUGGAGUAAGUAUAAUUAUAUUUUAAGUGGAGGUUUGACUGCCGGUGUUGCUUUCUCGUCUAUCAUCAUCUUCUUUGCAGUCGAAUAUCAUGAAAAAGACGUCAACUGGUGGGGUAAUAUUGCUCCAUUCAUUGGGAUUGAUGGUGGUUAUGGAAGACAAUCCUUAAAGAAUGUUACUGCUGAAGCUCCUGAUGGAUACUUUGGCCCAAGAAUCGGAAAUUUCCCUUGA